UCUCCAGCAUUCAUCCCGCCAUGGGGAACAACGUGUCGGGACUGUCGGCGCUGCAGAGAUCCCAGCAGGCGGGUUUCCACCGGCUCCGGAACCACAAAGACUCCCUUGGCCCGUUCCCGUCCACGUCGCACCGAUGUCACCACAAACCCAAGAGUCCCAUCCAGUGCGGCAGCGUCGGCGGACCUUUCCCGGAGCCGCUCCUUUUCCAUCCAAACACCAAGGGAUCCCAAAUAGUCAUGGACCUGGCCCAGAAGACCGUCAAGAGACAGGCCAGCUGCAACGCCAUCACCUUCAGCAACAGGCCCAUCGCGCUGUACGAGCAAGUCCGCCUCAAGAUCACUAAAAAGCAGUGCUGCUGGAGUGGAGCUCUGCGUCUGGGCUUCACCUCCAAAGACCCCUCCAGGAUAAACCCCGAGAACCUGCCGAAGUACGCCUGUCCCGAUCUGGUGUCCCAGAGCGGCUUCUGGGCCAAAGCCCUGCCCGAAGAGUUUGCCAACGAGGGAAACAUCAUCGCCUUCUGGGUCGACAAGAAGGGCAGGGUCUUCUACCGCAUUAACGAGUCCAGUCCCAUGCUGUUCUUCAGCGGAGUUCGGACGGCGGAGCCGCUCUGGGCCCUCAUUGAUGUUUACGGUCUGACCCGCGGAGUCCAGCUGCUCAACAGUGAGAUCGUUCCUCCGGACUGUCUGCGCCCACGCUCCUUCACCACGGUGCGCUCCUCCUCCCUGCGGCGCGAGGCAGACGACUCCCGCCUCUCCGUCAGCCUGUGUGAUCUCAACCUGCAGCAGGAGGACCGAGGCCCCGCCCACUCUCACCGCCACACGCUGCACCUGGCCUCUGCGUCCUCCUCCUCCACCUGCCCCAUUCCCCAGAAUUCCCUGAACUCGCAGCAGUCCUCCCUGCUGCCGUCAGCCCUGGAGAGCGACCUGCACUUCCACCAGCUGCGCGGCGCCCACAUCAAGACGCUGGACGAGCAGACAGUGGCCCGGUCUGAGCACGCCCGGGAGGAACGGACGCUGGUCUUCACCAACCGGCCCCUGCGCACCGGAGAGACCGUCUUUAUCAAGGUCACCAAGUCCAGCCCGGUGCGCUCGGGCUCACUGUCGUACGGCGUGACCUCCUGCGACCCGGCAGUGCUGCGCCCCAGCGACCUGCCGUACAACCCUGAGGCUCUGGUGGACAGGAAGGAGUUCUGGGCCGUGUGCCGCGUGCCGACGCCUCUGCAGAGCAGCGACAUCCUGGGCUUCCUGGUCAACCAGGAAGGGGAGGUCAUCCUCAGCCACAACGGCACCAACGUGGGGAUGCAGGUGUGCGUGGACAACUCGCGCCCCCUCUGGAUGUUCUUCGGCCUGCACGGAGCUGUGACACAGCUGAGGAUUCUGGGCUCCACUCACGUCGGGGACCCACGGGCCACGUCCAACCCCAGCUCGCCCUCCUCCUCCCCCCACACGCCCAGCGCCCUGGGGAGCGGCAUCUCUGACCCGGUCCUGAACGGAGGCUUGUGUUCGGCCGCCUACUGCAGCUCAGCAGGAGGAACGACGCCCAGCUCCCCGGUCAGCCUCCCCAAGUCUCCCACGUUCCCGUCGGGCCGGGGCCCGUGGGCCGACGAGUGCUCCAUCUGCUACGAGAAUGCCGUGGACUCGGUCAUCUACACCUGCGGACACAUGUGUCUCUGCUACAGCUGCGGCCUCAAGCUGAAGAAGAUGUCCAACGCCUGCUGUCCCAUCUGCAGGAGACAGAUCAAAGACAUCAUCAAGACGUAUCGCAGCACGUAAAGAGCCUCAGUCUGACCAACAGUCGGUGACGUUCAGGGACUUUGUUUUCCUCCUUUGGGAUUGGAGAAAGCUUUCAGUGAGGAAGAAGCUGAACUCAUCUGGUCUCGGAGCCUUUAGUUGUGAUCUGGGCCUGUUUUUGCUGAAGCUACCGGGUCAGUUUGGGGCUGAAUGUGUUGACGGCUCCUUCACGUGUUGACUGACCCUCUGCUUGGUGAAGCACGCCUGCUGCACGUCAUCCUCAGUACGUCACAACUUGUGUCUGUGCGCUACUGGGCGCAGCUCGGCUGCUUUAUCCUGAUUCUUGGUGUUAGAGACGCCCAGCGGUGCUGAGUCUCCAGUAGGAUUGUAACCUCUCUUGUACUCGUAUAAUCUAACGUACCUUGAUGGUAGUUUUAUUUCAAAUCGUCGGUAGCUCUAUUGUCGUGCUAGCUAGCUGCUUGUUCUGCAGUGUGGUGUUGCACUGAAAUCAGCAUUUAUUGAGACUCAUCUGUUGAAACAAUCUCAAACCUGCAAACUCUGCAGCUCUGAUUUCUUGCAGAAAACACAAACAGUCAUUUGGUUACUCCUCAGGACCAGCUGCCAACCAUCAGUACACUUUUAUCCAAAUUCUACCUACAAAGUUCUGCCUGACACACUGUGAGUGUUGACAUGAAGAAUCCUCCCCAUCCCAAGAGUUAAAGGAUUGUUGCCAUCAGCCUCCUGCCUUA